AUGAUCGGCAUCCGGCGUUGGGCAAUUCUUGCCGCAUUUUUGUGGUUAGCUAUCGCGAGCGAAGCCCGGAAGAAACUGAAGCGAGACGAGUUGGAAAGCUUGAAGUCAAUUGAGACGGAUAUUGAUGAGGAAUUUGAUGAGUUAGAGUCAUGCCAAUGCGGCGUGUUCAUGUCUCAGCAAAUUGGUAUAAGGGAAGGUCGACGUAGACCACGAGGACCUCCUGAGGGCGAGCCUGUGGUCACGUACGACACGGAGAGCCCCAGCCUGCCGUGCGGCACCGGGGGCUUUAAACACUGCAUUAGCAAGUGUCUGGAUGUGAUACUCAAGUAUUUGCCGCGCGCGGGACCCGUCAUCUGUGGUGCAGUGGAGCGUGAUGUCUACAGGGAAAAAGCCUUCCUUUUCAUCAGGAACUGCGGCGGACAAUGGACCCCGACUAACUUCUCCGCUGGGAAAGAGUUUUGUUGUACGGACGGACAACAUCAUAAGUGCUGA